ACCUCGGUCAAUGCUGUGAGCAACUCCUGUUAACCACUAUGUUGUGGCCGAUCGGUUCGCACAACUGUUUAAUCGGUUGCUUUCCAAGAGCGAUGCCACCUACAGACUCUACCUCCAGACUCAACCUCCACUCUAGGACCUCUUAUUUCCACCAGACUCCACUCCAUUGCACAUAUCAACUUCCUAAGACGACCUAAGUAGACGAUUCUCUUUUAUCUUAUCAGGAGCAACUACUACUACCGCAUGAUCUCCUGAUGUACUAGAGUUGUUUUUUUGACAUGAUCAAGUUGUUUCUUUGACAACUACAUCAACAAACGUCGUCAACUAACCCAACUCAACGUAGCUCAUAAUUUUCGCAAUCUCUCUGACAGAAGUAGUACCUAAGAGGAGGCAACAAGAACAACAUCUUGUUAUUCUUCGGUUCGACAUCUUGAAGAUUUUCAGCAUCAGAAGUAGCUGUAGUACAACUAGCCCCUUUUUGGCUUACAGUAGUACAACGAGCUCGAGGACAAGGAAGUCCGCUUCUCGUACCGCUAAAGGAGGAAGAGAAGGCAGACUGUCACGGUUGACUUUCUUGGAUGUCAAGUCAGUGUAGUAAGUACAACGUAGUUGACCUUGACUUCAUCAACUUGUUGUCACGAGGACAAGGACUCGUCCGAGACGAGGACACGCUGCUCUACUUCAUCGAGCUUCGUCUCAAUAUCAAGCGACAAUGGCCGAGGAACGUCUGGUUUUCCCUUUGGAGGUCGACUCCGACAGCGACAAUGGAUCCUGUCCUGCCUACAACACCAGCACUUCCGUGACAGCGAACACGCCAGGUAAUAAAGUUUGUUGUGGUGUCUUCGUAGAUCUUCUUCCCGAUCAAACGGAAGGACAAGCAAAAUCACAUAUUGUCUUCCUCGUGGUCAAAAAUUCUUUGGAUAUCCUCUCUUACUCUUUCCGUACAUCACAUAUCACAUAGGAACGGGUGAGCCUGGGGGUGCUGCUGCAUCAAGAGUGCAACCAGAGUCUAGUAUCGCAGGAGCUGCGGCUUUGCCGUCACAAGGAUUAUUGAAAAGAAACGAGUUUCUUGAAACGAACAAAGAGAGCAAGAACCUGGAGAAGCUAUACAAAAAUGCAUCUGGUUUGCAACAUCACGAUGCCGUUUGCGUUGGCCGCAACGAUGGGUUCGAUCGGCAUCAUCGUUAUGGCCAAGUUUUUUGACAGUGAUUUUCAUCUAUAUUUUGGGUCGUUUUUUAGCACUAUGUAUUAGAACAAAUCUAUUGCAGCUGGAAUGAUCCACCAUCGCCAUGCAAAUAGAGGACUCAACAGGUCAACUACAUGAGCAGGCGGGAUGGCGAUGAAUAAUCUCCGACAGUAGAGUCCGCUGUUUGACUAGUUUUAGUUUCAUGUUCUUCUUUUACAAAUAACCUCUAGAUAUAGAAUUCGCUUUCGCUGAUACUCCACAAGGACUCUUCAACAGCUGCUCUAAUAUCUUCUAGGUGGCGAAUUUGGUUACCUAACCUCAAGUUUCAGUACGCCAGGAAGCAAGACCACCACACGGGUAUCAGGAGACUCCAACAUGAAGUCGCGGUCAGGAACAGGCGCCUCCUUCGAUGAAGACUCUCCUAAUUUUGAGAGUGAAGAUGGUACUAAGCACUUUGUCUUUCUUCAGUGCUAUGCAUUGUCGUGCAUGAUUCCGUGUUCUUGUGAUGGGGCUGAGGGUAGUAGUUUUCAACUUCACCACCUAAACGUUGAGAUCAUGAGUCCCCUAAACAGUAAGGGACGGCGUUAAUAAAUGUUGAGAUCAUGAUGAGUCCUCUUGGUUCGUUUCUCAGAUGACUCGGAUGUGAGUUCCUCAGACGAAGAGGACGAGGAGGAAGACGAAUUUAGCAACGCAGGACCAUCGUCUUCCCGUGGCAUUGGUAUGGUAGGUGGAGUUCGGAAUUUCUUCGGCAAUUUUGUUAAGGCAUCCCCAUAUUCAAACUCAUCUUCAGAAGCGUCUCUACUCUUUGACGUGUGAUUUCCAAAUAGGUGGAAAAAAUGGUCAAAGAUACGCUUCAAGAUGAAUAUCGGCAGAACAAGUGUCUAAUUUUGGGUCUUACCUAUUUGAGGGUGCUCACUCGAUGGAUCAUAACAAGCGCAAGGGACCAGGCGGCACCCGUAGCUAUAAAUAUGGUAGCGGACAAGUUAUGUUCACAUCAGGUUUACUUUGAUCAGAUUUUUAACCGCACCAAGAUGAAAAGAAGGACACGACGACGACUAACCGGAAGAAGAAUUAGAUUCAUUUACUUAGUCUGAAAAUCUGAUGAAGAAGUUGAAGCACAAGAACUCCUGUUCCGGAAUUAUACUCCUGAAGAGGUGAAUAGAAACAAGAGAAAUCAACUUUUAACUAAACACCGUCUAUUCCUUGCAGUAAUAUUUUCAUAAAAGUAGAAAUAGACUACAACUCCUGUUGAUCAUCAUACUACAAGAACUCCCCUAGUUCUUCCCCUUCCCUUCUGAUCAGAAGUUGUUUUCCAACUUUUCCUACUUCGUUCUUGAUGUUCUUUCCCUACAAGAACAACUAGUUGAUGAUAAUGAAGAUCCUACAAGAACAACUAGUUGUUGAUAAUGUAUGAAGAUCCAACUUUUUCUACUUCUUGAUGUUUCCCUACCUACAACCAUGGUCGGACCAGUGUUCAUAAUCACCAUGGUCGGACCUGUGGUCGGUGCUGCGCCACCAGAGCUCUAUAUCGAGGAGAAGGAAGAAGAAGUUCUGAGUCCACGCGGCAACAAGAUAUCCACGCGAGACAGCGAUGUGGUGCCGUCGAAACCGUUAUGGCUUUUCUUUGUCGACUCAACAUCAUAUGUAGAGGACUUAAUUCGUGUGUAAAUGAUCUUCAUCUUUUUAUUGAUAAUGACGAGCGACUUGAUUAAGAUACUACUCGAAAAGUGACAAUAACCGAGUUACUUACUGAAAUAAAUGGAGCAGGGGGGCUUAAUCAUGCUAUCCCUUCCUCAGGAUUCUCGGAUAUGUAUUCUAAGUUGUAGCUCCUUGCUUACUUCAGUUUUUCGAAUACUUAACCUUGAUCAUGUAGUGGAGGUGUUUAAAGGUACUAGUUGGCCAUCAUGGACUUGAGGAAGAGUUGUGAAGACGACCAGGGACUUGUUGAUGGUGUUCCUCGUUGUACCAUGCAGCAGUAAGUAUGAUAGUCAAAGUCCAAAAAUUUCCAGUCGUAGAGGAAUAUCAUUAACCUUAACCUACUCGCUACUUCGUGACUAUUUUAGAGCUCUUCUAAUUCUCUCUGCAAAUGUGGAUCCGCGUCCGCCGGAGACGCCAUCGAGCUGGAAAGACAUGUGCAAGUGCUGCAAAUGCUGCGUUUGAUAUAGCUGAAGUUGAUUAUAUCCAUUCCCAUAGAAAAAAUUCCUGUUCGACUUCAUUAACCAUAUUAUCCUUAAUAUAUAAUUUAUCGUCUUAUUUGUUCGUUCUCUCCAUUCAUUCACAACAUACACAUACACAUAGUAGUACAUACCAUACAUAGAAGCAGUUGUUCAACUUACAUAGCUAAAAAUAUAUUCGCAUAUUACGCAUAUUUAUUCGAUCUUACUCAAAGUUAAUGUUUGUUACUGAUCUUGAUCAAUCAACGUCGUGCUCACGUACACAUUAGUUACUAGACCUACAAGAAUUCGAAGAACCCAUUAUACUAUUCACUCUCUCAUAGAACUACACAGAAAAGCUUUUCACAUACAGGAGUAUAAUCCAGAAAAUAUAUUGUGAUGGAAGGCCAUCAUGAUCAUAAAGGAUCUUCAUCUGAUAGCAUCGCGAACCAUUCUUCUAGAUACAACGUACAACAUUUUGGAUCUCCCUUGGAUCAACAUACAACCAACCUGUAUUGCUAUUGUUCGCUGCUUGAAAAUUUUCAUUCUCUCAUCUACAUUUCAAGCUGUGCAAGAAUUGAUCUACUUCCUCAUCUUUGAUGUUCGUUGUAUUCACAAACUCUUGUCCUCUAUCUACAAAUCCUAUGAAAAUUAAGGCUGCAUGAUGAAGAU